ACUAUAUAUAAUAUUUAUCUCUUUUCUUCUGAACAUUUCACUCUCUCUUUCAUCCUUUACCAAUAACACUUCUCCUUAUAAUAUAACAACAUGAAUUCUUCAAAUUCAAAGCAAGUUUGUGUAGUGUUAUUAUUAUUAUUAAGCAAUAUUAUUAUGAUGGCAAUGAAUGUAUUAGGUGGUAGUGAAAGUUGGUGUGUGGCUCGGAGUGAUGCUAGCUACAAUGCAUUACAAACAGCAUUGGAUUAUGCAUGUGGAGCAGGUGCUGAUUGUCUUCCUCUUCAACCAGAUGGACUCUGUUUUCUUCCUAAUACUAUUCAAGCUCAUGCUUCUUAUGCUUUCAAUAGUUACUAUCAAAAAAGUUCUAGAGCCCCUGGUUCUUGUGAUUUUUCUGGUACUUCCACCAUUGCUCAAACCGAUCCAAGCUAUGGAUCUUGCGUGUACCCUUCUUCUUCUUCUUCAAGUGGUACUGGAGGACCAAACACACCAACCACAUCAGCACCAAUGACCAACCCAAACGUGCCAUCAUCAACCACUACAUCAUCACCAAUCUUUGGUGGCUUAUCUCCAGGAAUGAACACUCCAUUCACUGACAAUUCUAAAGCACCUUCAAAGGAACUAGCCUCAUGGUUUUUAAUCUUCUUUUCAUCUCUUCUCAUUCUCUCAAUUAUCUCUUAGCAUGUGUAUGAUCUUGUGUAGGCUUAAAAUUUUGUCACAAGUUAAAGAUAGCCUUUUGUUGUUUAUAACCUUGUUUAAUCCAACUACUUGUUAUACACUCGAAUGUAUAAUAAGUAAGGUUAUGAACAAGUUAGGAUUGUAGCAAGGAUUUUAAGGAUCAUGAUUAGAUUCUUGAUUUAUAGGGCUCAAAUUUAAUCAAAAUGUUUACAUUGAUAGAGAAAGUGAAGUACCAUAUGACUCAUAACAUAUUUUUAUUAUUGUUUGAUGGGGUAUUUGAUGAUGUCAAA